CACAGAUCAACACGUUGGUCACUGGAUUGAUGUUAGUUGUUCCAAUAAGUUAGGCAAUGAGUCCUGCAGUGUAGGCAUUGUUUAAUCGUUUGUGAAUGCAUUAUCUGAUCGUUCAAUAUCGAAUAUCAGUGGAGUUGCAGAUACAAAGAUAUCGUUUUAUAUGUGAUUACAAGGAAGUGAGAAUUCUUUUCCAAAUUAUGCCUAAAUAGUUAGCGUGUCGAAACAUCAGAAAUCAGUUGGAUUCAGUCAAAAAAUCUGUCAGUUCCAUUGAGUAAAAUUGAACGACGCCUAUUGAAUGAGUUAUAUUCAAAAUAAAAUGACGUUUAAAAGUAUGCAGGAAUUUUUCAAAUAGCUUAAAUCAUAUAUACUCACUUCCUCACCUAGUGAUAAUGAAAUUUUCCAGAUGCUCACGUACCGUUUGAGAGCCGAUGUUACUGCACACUGAAUUUAGCGAGCUGAAAUACAAUCUCAACAGCAAUUGGCUGAAUGUUGAGUGCUCAGCCAUCCCUAUAUCACAUACAUAUCAAAAACAGAACACAAAUCAGACCUAUUUAUAUCACAUUAUUCAAAUGCUUUCGAAUCAUUCUACACACCGAACAGCAGUAAUCAUCCUAUUUUCUAUUUAAAUUUCAAAUCAGGUUCAUCUUUCUUUCAGGAUGGUACUAACUGACAACGACUCAAAUAAAUCAUCUUUCCGUAAAUCUGAGGAGACUUUAUAUGCAACAAAUGAAGAGUCAUUUGUGAUAAACUGUGAUCAGAAAAUACAGAAAAAUUUCGUCAACAUUUCGAAAUAUGACAAACGUGUGAUUGUGUUCUCUAUCAUUCUCAUUAUAAUUGCAAUAAUCAUCGUUAUAGCCCCACACUUCUUUGGGUCGUACGACUUGAAUCCGGUUGUUCACUUUAUAAUGACUAUGGUAUUUUGCGUGUUAGCCAUAGCCAGUGGAUAUCUUAUCGUAAUUUCUACAUAUUUCAGAGAAAAACUGAUUACUGCUUUAAUUACUCUUCUCAUUUAUGGAAUAUGUUGCUCUAUUUGUCUGUCCAUUUUCUUUACCAGUGCUACACUUGUGGAUGUUAUUCUGGGUUGGGUUGCAGCUGUUGUCAUAUGUGCAUGUGGAGUAUUUUUAGGGGCAAUGAUAAAGAAAGAUUUGAUUAAGAAAUUCGACGCCUUCCUGUUAGUGUGUGUUGUGAUUUUUGUUCUGACAGGCAUUGCCAUGGGAGUACUAAUUGCUUUCAAAAAAGUCAUGGUUGCUGUUAUCAUCGCUGGAAUAGGAAUGUUUAUUGAAGCGUUUCUGGUGUCAGUUAUGGUUGGACAAUUGAUCUUCAAAUCUGGUCACUUGCAUAUUCGUGAUGAUUGGUCUAUGGGUGUACUGGGCAUGUUUUCACUAGUUAUCACAGUGUUUGUAAUAGCAGAGGUGGCCAUCUACUGUUUCAGAAUCAUGACGUAAUUUACGUAAUGGGAGAAUUCCUUAAGCAGCUGUGAUUAUUAAAGUUAAACAAUGAAUGGAUAAAUCGUCUAUGGAAUUCAUAACAGCUUGUGUUCUUCAUUUUCC